CCCCCCCCCCCCCCCCCAACCCCCAAAAAGGCUAUAUACACCGCGCAACAUGUGCUCCUACACCUACUCCUGGUACUACUGCAACCACGACUACUACAUCUGGGCCAACAGCGUCGAGGUCUGCCCCAACCGCCUGCUGAGCGGCUACUCGUACGACUGCUGGAGCAUCGACAUGUGCAAGAACAGCAAGGUCACCUGCGGCGGCUUCUCGAACUACUACUGCUCCGACUGCUCUGAGGAUGUUAGUCUUGAGUUCGAGCUGGAUGAGAUGUAGAUUGUGUAGGCUCGCUUGCAGAAUAGGGUAGACCCUUUUUCUCGAGUCGCUCGCCGGAGUUUAUGGGGUUUACGAUGCACCUACGAUGCGAUACGAUACGAUACGAACUCGAAGCAUCUUGUGACACGCGCGCGACGUAUGAUACCACUCCAUUCUCGCAAAUCAUGUUAUUGGCAGCAUUUUCUGGCGCUGGGCUUUUUCUUAGCGUUAUAGCGUAUGGGACAUAUCGGCGUUAUCUCUGGCGUCCGUUUCUGCAUUUGCACCAAGACUGGUAUCUGGAACUUGAAUUUGGGAUAUUUAGACUGGCAUUUGCAGCGCUGCGUUGAAUAUAUAUAC